CUCCUCGCAGCGACUCGGCGGAGGCACACAAAAAACAAAAAAAGGGGAACGUUUGUGGACACUUGACAGCUUUCCGAGACUGCUAUGACAUCUCGCAGGUGGUUCCACCCCAACAUCACUGGAAUCGAGGCAGAGCAGCUCCUGUUGACCCGCGGCGUCCACGGCAGUUUCCUGGCCCGGCCAAGCAAGAGCAACCCGGGGGAUUUCACCCUCUCCGUCAGGCGCAGCGAUGAGGUGACCCACAUUAAGAUCCAGAACUCGGGCGACUACUACGACCUGUACGGAGGCGAGAAGUUCGCCACGCUGGCCGAGCUGGUGCAGUAUUACACGGAACAACAGGACCUGCUGCGCGAGAGGAACGGCCAUGUCAUCGAGCUCAAGUACCCCCUCAACUGCAAGGACCCCACCUCCGAGAGGUGGUACCACGGACACCUGGCGGGGCGAGAUGCAGAGAAACUGCUCACGGACAAAGGCAAAGCCGGUAGCUUCCUGGUGCGCGAGAGCCAGAGCAAACCGGGCGACUUCGUCCUCUCGGUUCUCACCAACGAGGAGAAACACGACAACGUGGACCGCAAGACCAAGGUCACCCACGUCAUGAUACGCUCCCAGCAGGACGGUAAAUACGACGUGGGCGGCGGUGAGCGGUUCGAGACCCUGGCCGACCUGGUGGAUCACUACAAGAAGAACCCCAUGGUGGAGAAGAGUGGCAUCGUAGUGCACCUCAAACAGCCGUUUAACGCCACGAGGAUAAACGCAGCCAACAUUGAGAACCGGGUACGAGAGCUCAACAAAGUAGCGGACAACUCGGAAAAACCCAAACAGGGAUUCUGGGAAGAAUUUGAGGUACUUCAGCAGCAGGAGUGCAAACUGCUUUAUCCCCGGAAAGAAGGCCAGAAGCCAGAAAACAAGAGUAAAAACAGAUACAAGAACAUCCUCCCCUUCGACACGACUCGGGUGGAACUCAGGGAGACGGAUCCAGAUGUCCCCGGUUCAGACUACAUCAACGCCAACUACAUCAGAAGUCUGCACGAUGAGGGGAGCCUCGUGGACGCAGGCAAGGUUUUCAUCGCCACCCAAGGGUGCCUGCAGAACACGGUCGUCGACUUCUGGAAGAUGGUGUAUCAGGAGAACACGCACGUCAUCGUCAUGACCACGAAGGAGGUCGAGCGGGGGCGGAACAAGUGUGUCCGCUACUGGCCCGACCUCCACGGCACGAAGGAGUUCGGGAAGGUGCUGGUGAGGAAUGUGGACGAGCGGCCCGCGCAAGACUACAUCCUGAGGAAGCUGGAAGUGACCCGUCUGGACCGGAAGGAGCCUCUGAGGUACAUCUGGCACUACCAGUACCUGAGCUGGCCGGACCACGGCGUGCCCAAUGAGCCCGGCGGCGUCCUCUGGUUCCUGGAGGAGGUCAACCGCACCCAGAGCACCAUUCCAGACACCGGGCCCAUCGUCGUCCACUGCAGUGCAGGCAUCGGCAGGACGGGCACCAUUAUCGUCAUCGACAUCCUAAUUGAUGUGAUCAACCGCCAAGGUCUAGAUUGCGACAUCGACGUGCCGAAGACCAUCCAGAGGGUGAGGCAGCAGCGGUCGGGCAUGGUGCAGACUGAAGCCCAGUAUAAGUUCAUCUACAUGGCGGUGCAGCAGUACAUAGACACCGCUCAGAAGAGACUGGAGGAGGAGCAGAGGAAUAAGCUGAAGGAGAGGGAAUAUUCUAAUAUCCAGUAUCCCCAGACGACCAACUCGAGGCCCAAGCCCAACGUGGCGUCGUCGCGCUCCUCUUCCGUGGUGACAAACGCUGACUCGUCGAGCGUGUACGAGAACAUCAACUUCAAGAGCCCUCAGACGUCUUUUAGCAGCAACACCAGGAGAUGAACCGCAUCUCUCUGACUGCCGCUCUUUCCAGCAGAGACGUCGUCGCCGCAUCGGCGAACAGAAGCGCCCGCGACGGGAGCGCGUCGCUCCGCCGACGCCAGCGGAGCCGACCCGGCCCGGGCCGGAGGGCGGGUGAGCCGCCCCCGUCCUGCUGGACCUCCCCGCACCGGAGAGGAUGCCUCCACAGCGUGGCGCUGCUCGCUCAGGGCCCCUGGCCCCUCUCUUUCUCCACCCCAGCCUCCCCCUCUCUUAACCAGCGCAAGUGCCUUGUCACGAGAUGUGUGUCCCCCCCCCACACACACACACCCACACACACACACCUGCUGUUACAUCUCUACUGUUACGACUUUCCGAGUUCCGGGAAUCCAAUUUUGACGCGAGACACCAAGAGGGAUAUGAAACACUGAGGCCCGGCAAGCAAGCGCCAGCUCCUUCCAAAAACAAAAUUGACACAAUUAUUUCAGGUCUCUUAUAUGUCUAUAUAUGUUCUUUUUUGAAGAUGUGACUGAUUGUGCUUCUUUUGUUGUUGUCAAAGAGUUGUGGAGUAUGUAACCUGCUGCAAAUCAGACAUUCUGUCCUCCAACAUUUCUGGUUUAAUACUUCUUGUGGUUAUUGUCGUCUGAACUCGGCCUCCAGCUGGCCCCCCCUUCGAGUGUAAACUCAUCUAUGAAAAUGUUCAGUUUUUAUCAUUUCUUUGUGGUUUAAAUUAAUAGUCUCUGUAUCAAAACUAUUAGUAUCAACUGAAGUGGAAAAGCACGAUUGUCGUCUGCUUUGCCUGUAGAUUGUAAAAGUAGUUUGUAGGUGGGGAGGAUUCCCGAACGGACGUUUGGAGUCGAGCUUCGCUCUCGCUCUUCGCUCGUCGUCCUCGUUAAUCGCCACGUCGGAUGCAGCUCAACAUCUGUCGGAGGAGAUCGUUGCAAGGAGACAAGGGAAAGGGGGGGGGGGGUUACAGUGGGGGGCCAGAUGGCCAUCCGCCUGAGAGAUUGAAGUAUAGAUUUGACUCCAAAAAGUAAUUUAGAAGACAGACAUAAUCCGACAGACGGUGGGGGGAGAGUAAGCCGACGUCACGAAGGUGGCGCCGUGGAGCACUGAGCCCCUCUGCGCCGUCUGGCAGGUUGUUUGCUAUUUUUAGCCUGCGGGGUCGCCACCCAAAUAUCCCACUGAUACAAUUGAAAUCCGAACCGAGCGCUUUUUUUAAAAAAAACGUAAUGGCGUAAUAUCCUGAAGUCCAAUGUUCAUGAUAAUGUGCAUUUCGUCUACCUUUUUUUAUUUUAUUAAAUAUAUAUAUAUUUUUAAAGCUUGAAUGAGUUGCACCUUGUGCUCGGACCAUUCCUCCUCCUCCACCAAGCAGGUCAAGGGCGCUGGAGGUGGACUCGCCUUGUUUUAUAGGCCAGCUUCUGCUAGUUUGGAGACGAGUGUAAUCGGAACGCCGCUCUCCGAUGAACAUUUCUACCCGUCGACCUUGAGGGCGCCGUUGAUGUCAAGCAAUAGCUGUCGUAUCGUCCUGUGUGAAGAGCAAGAGCCGUUGAAAAAAAACACACACAAAAAAACACUCACAAGCACAGAGUGGUAUUUAUUAAGUCUCGUCUCUGUCCAGAUGUCCGUCACAUGCCCGUCGGCAUGACGAUCUUCCCCGGUAUACAUGGUUGCCGAUGUGUGUUUUUAAUGGUUGAUUCCGUUUGUGAAUAAAAAGCUGUGUAUGAAGUGUGA